CGGACCCGAAGUUCGAACACAACCAACCCGUCAAACAUAGCAGCAUACAGCAGAAGGCGGCAGAGUAGGGCAGAGUACAACUGUACAAAAAUACCACCAGCCCACUAUGUCAUCCUUGGCCCCACGAGCCCCGCCAUCCUCCACCAUUCAUAAUACACCAUCACCAAGACAACGACCUACCGACCAAGACGAACCAAGGCCGACGAUCAUUGGCCCUGAUGAUGGACCCGAGCCACCUUUCCCGGUCAAACUGUAUGGCAAAGUGGAGCAUGGAUUCAAACGCGGAUCACGAGAGUUAGGCUGUCCUACAGCAAACCUGCCCGCAACACUCACAAAUAACCCUGCACUUGAACGGAAUGGUGUCUACUUUGGUUGGGCCUCCGUGUGGAUCACCUCGCCUAACCCAUUGCCCCCAGUCAUCAAACCGAUGGUCAUGAGUGUCGGCUAUAAUCCAGUUUAUGGCAACAAGUCUCGGACGAUCGAGGUUCAUGUGAUCCCCACUUUCGACCAAGACUUUUAUGGUGAAACCGUUAAAGUGAUCGUCACCGGUUUCAUCCGACCUGAGUACAAUUACAGCUCCAAAGAAGCAUUGAUUCAAGACAUUGAGAUCGACAAAACUGCGGCUCUUCAAAGCCUCAAGAGGCCCGACUAUCAAGCAUUUUCUGAAGAUGAAUUCUUACUGAAGAACUAGAGUACAUGUAUCAUUCCCAAUGGAACCCAAUGAGUAGAUGUCAAUUAGCCCGUCCCGACUCAGACAUGAUUCAUGUAAGUACGACGAGCUCAGCCACACACACCUGUCCAGAAGCGAGUGACAAGAGUAAAAAUCAAGAUGAAGCAUACAAGCUCAAUUCCUUUUCACAAUGCAUGUAAUUAAGGAUAUUGAUUUUUGAAUGAGGAGAUAAUCGAAGAAAAAUAGUGAAAAUGAAAAGAGAAAUUGAGAAGCAGGAUUAGACUUAGAAUUAAGUAAUUAACUGAUGGUGAAUCCUAAUGCAGAGAGACUCAUCGCACAAAAUGUUUCCUUAGCUUUGAGGCAACAGGGAAGAUGCCAAAGUGCCACAUCACAAAGUACAAGAAAUCCACAC